UAAAGGUGUGCACAUUAACGAGUUACUGGACCUUAUUACGCCGAUUAUUGCGUGUCUUUGAUUAUGAUUUUGGUUUUUUAUUUCCUUCUCAUUUGGCAAGACGCGGCAACAAGACGCGGCAACAGAGGUCGAACUUUAAUAACAUCAUCCUAAUUUGUUAUUCAGGACCCACAAGUCUGUAGGGUUAGAGAGUUAGCACUUUGUGUACCUGCUUAUGUAAUUCAGAAAAGUCGACCUCACUAACACAGACACUGCCUUUUGUUUGUGGCCAACCAGAACAAUGAUACUCAGAAAGACCUGUUUUUAUGCUUUUGACCUAUAUUAAGUUUCCUGAUUUAUAUUAGGAUUGCGCUCUGUUCAGUGCGGUGACUCAACUUUGACUUUUAUCGUUGUUUAAGUUGAUCUUGACAUACCGUACGUGACAUUAAUCAGAAGCAGAAAACUGCGCACUUAAUCUAUUCCCGUUUCAGGAAGAAAAUCAACCCCAGUGGUUUGUGAAUUACAGUUGCGAGUUAAGGCAAUCCUUCACCAUGUUACUUCACAGCGAAAAUCUUUAUAAUUGUGACUUGCACUUAAAGGUCGUCAUCCAAUGUGUAUAACUGAGGCUCGUAAGGGGACCUUUUUAUACCAGGAAUCUGAAACAACCUACUACGUUCCAAUCCAUUUCUGACUAUUAUCAAAGAAAGAUGGAUUACAAGACCUUACAGGAAAUUGCACUUCUGUUGGACCCCACAGACGUGUUUGGGAACGAUUGGAGGAUGGUGGCGCAUAGAAUGGGAUUCACCUUCCUCGAAAUCCGCAAACUGGAACGCGAAGCUGAACCUACAAAAAGUGUUCUGCUUAGCUAUAAACACAAGUCUGGUAAAGCAGACGACGAAUUAUUAGUGGAUUUGUGUAAGAUAUGCUCGGAAAUAGGUCGCCAAGACGUCGUCGAGGCGAUUAACAUAGAUACAGAGGUACAAGCCCCACUAGAGUCGGAUAUAAAAUCGAGACAGAAGGAAUUUCUUAUAAAAUAUAGAUGCACAAGCGAGCAAUUAUACGUCCGAACCAUAAACGAAUGCACGCGAUGCAUGAGAGACUAUUUCACAAAGCUGUGUGGAAUUAAAACGCGCCAACUGCAGGCCUUCCUAGAGAAACCGCAGAACCUGAGCGUUCUUAAGGUAUUGAGGAACAACAAUGUUUUAACUGAGAAGCAAUUCUCUAUACUAUGCCCAAGCUCGGGGAGCAUUAACAUACAAGAUAUGGACUUGUCUCUGCUGUACAUCCUUGUUAAAAACAUAGCACUAAAGGACGCGGAUUGGUCAACGUUGUCGAAUCAAGACGAUUCUAGUCCGGAACACGACGUGAUCAGAAUAAAAGACCUUCUUCACAGAUUGUCUGCUGUGGGCCCAAACAACAUUCAGGUGGAAAGGUUUGAGACUAUUUUUAAUGAUCUCAGUGACCCUUUGCGUCGCCUUGGUGGAAACCCCGAAUAUAUUCUUCAAACGGAAUGUAGUACUGGAGAAAAAGAAGACGCGAAGGCAACUGCUAAGCGACGAAGGGCACGUUUUUACGGUGCCAUCACUGCGGUAAUAGUCUCAACAACAGUCGCUGUUAUUUUGGCUGUCUCAUUCAUCGUUCAUUCCAAAGAAACGACACCUUACGACCACACCCCUACCUCUGUGUGUGAGAAGGUUACACCUGAAAAUAUCACCUUCAGGUGGAAAGGUAAGCAAGUCGAAUUUCCUUUCGUUAGUCGAGAUGGCUGGGGAGCUAAAGCCCCUCUUGGGGAGUACCCGUACCGAUCACAACCCGUCCCUUACGCAGUCAUAGCUCAUACGGCAGGGGCCCGCUGUAACGGCACUAGCUAUUGCUGUAUGGAAGUCAAAGGAACACAGAAAUACCACAUGAAGGCUCGAGGCUGGGAUGACAUAGGAUACAACUUCAUGGUCGGUGGAGAUGGAGUGGUGUAUGAAGGGACAGGAUGGGACCAAGUAGGAAGACAUACAAGAGGGUGGAACUACGAUAGCAUAGGCAUUGGUUUCACGGGCAACUUUGAAACGAGUUUGCCGCCAAAUUCUUCAAUCUUAGCUGCUCGUCGCCUGCUGCAGUAUGGGGCGUACUUAGGAAAAUUAACCCAGGAUUAUGUCAUAUACGCUCACUGCCAGGUGUCCGGGUUUGUAAGUCCUGGCGCUGCCAUGUACGCUGAGAUAAGGACCUGGGACCAUUGGCAAAUACGAAAUAAAAACGGCGCAUGCGCCUAGAUGAUGCCUGCAGUGGCGUGACAGAAGUUCUGACAACCACUUCAACGAGAUGACUCGCAUCUUUAUAGCAAAAAACACACUGCACAGUAUAAUAUUAUGUAAAUUUUACGUUUGGGUUGAUUCUUUCCGUUGACAUUUGCAUAUUUUUUGUUUUUGUAAGUGUCAAAUUCAAGUGUGGAUUGGAACAUAUAUUUCUUACAAGUAUGAAUGCCUUAAUUACUUCUAAAGUUAUUAAAUACAUUUCAAGUUCCAUGUCAAUGUCCUAAUAGAAUUUAUUACUUUCAUGCAAUAAUUGUUUAGAAUUAAAGAUAAAUACUCGUUUAGAUAACAGUAAGAACACACGUUUAGUGAAGAUUCGUAUUCUCAGCUGUUAUGAAUUUAUCAAAUAAAUGAUUUUGUUUUUUACAAUGCU